CAACGAGAGAAGAUGGACCAAACCGAACUAGUCAAACCAGAAACUUUGGACGAUUUGAUUCAAACUCUGCACAAGAUUUUUGAAAGUGACAAUAUUAAUGUGGAGGAGGUGCAGAACAUCAUGGAAGCGUAUGACAGUAAUCCUCAGGAAUGGAUGAAAUUUGCCAAAUUUGACCAGUACAGAUACACCAGGAAUCUUGUUGAUGAGGGAAAUGGAAAAUUCAACCUGAUGAUUUUAUGUUGGGGUGAAGGGCACGGCAGCAGUAUCCACGAUCACACGGACUCGCACUGUUUCAUGAAGCUGCUACAGGGACAGUUGAAGGAAACUUUAUUCGACUGGCCGGAUCGCAAACUCCUGGGUGGGAUGGUCCAGAAAUCCCAGCGGAUCUUACAGGAAAACCAGUGCGCUUACAUUAACGACUCCAUCGGACUCCAUCGGGUGGAGAACGUCAGUCACACGGAGAGCGCCGUGAGUUUGCACCUGUACAGUCCGCCGUUCCAGGUGUGUCGGACGUUUGACCAGCGCACCGGACACCACAACACCGUCAAAAUGACCUUCUGGAGUAAAUAUGGCGAGAGGACGCCGUAUGAAACAACAAUUUCACAAGAAAACAACUGAGACAUUCAGCGAUGCUCAUCGGACCUCACAGACACCUGCAGUGACUUUAAACUCACACACUGAUCCAACAACACUUCUGAAGAUUUGCAGAAAACGGUGGAAAAUUGAGCUUGUGGUAAUAAAUGAUGUUUAAUCUAGUUUAAUGUUGGCAAACGCUGCCGAGAGACAGAAGGUCUGAAUAGUCGUAUUAGUCGAGUGAAUUUCCUCUUUGUUGUUUAAGACCCAUCCCAGCAUUCCUGUGUGUCUGUGAGCGUGUAAUCACUCUUUUGUGCUCUUACGGGACGGGAGCGCUUUGGCUGAAGUAUAUAAUUUAUGAGAAAAAAUAUAUUUGUCUUUCCUUUUGUUCCACUCAAACGAGUCUCCAAAAAUGGCCUUGAUAAACAUGAUAGUUUAGCAUAAAACGCAGCACUUGAGAAAUGUUUUAAUGAAUAAUCUCCAUCAAUAUGUGUUUGUAUAUUCAGUGUUUUCCACUAUUGCAGAGUUUACUCUUAUGAAUUUUGCCGUCAGUAAUAAACAUGAGAACAAGAA